AUGGGCAUCACUAUGGGUCCCUCGGUGGAUAACGUCUUCGAGCUUGUCAAUUCACGCUCUGCUCAUGUCCUAACAAGCUCAUCCAUGUCUACACCGACGCAAGAUCGCUCAAGAGACGAUCCGCCUUCUCCUCCACCCCAGCCCCCACCUAGUCCAGCGCACUGGAACCGUCUCGUCUCGCUCGAAUUCCUUGCUCCACUAGAGAUCUGA